CUCGCUCCGGUCGGCGAUCAUGGCGGCUGCGGCCACGAUGGCGACCUCGGGGUCUGCGCGGAAGCGGCUGCUCAAGGAAGAAGACAUGACAAAGGUGGAGUUCGAGACCAGCGAGGAGGUGGACGUCACGCCCACGUUUGACACCAUGGGCCUGCGGGAGGACCUGCUGCGCGGCAUCUACGCCUACGGUUUUGAAAAGCCAUCAGCAAUUCAGCAGCGAGCCAUCAAGCAGAUAAUUAAAGGGAGGGAUGUCAUUGCUCAGUCUCAGUCUGGUACCGGCAAGACGGCCACUUUCAGUAUUUCCGUCCUCCAGUGUCUGGAUAUUCAGGUCCGGGAAACCCAAGCUCUGAUUCUGGCUCCCACGAGAGAGUUAGCUGUGCAGAUUCAGAAGGGCCUGCUUGCUCUUGGCGACUACAUGAACGUCCAGUGUCACGCCUGCAUCGGGGGCACCAACGUGGGGGAGGACAUCAGGAAGCUGGACUACGGGCAGCAUGUCGUCGCUGGCACACCUGGCCGCGUCUUUGACAUGAUCCGGCGCCGGAGCCUGAGGACACGAGCCAUCAAGAUGCUGGUCUUGGAUGAGGCCGAUGAGAUGCUCAACAAAGGUUUCAAAGAACAGAUCUAUGACGUGUACAGGUACUUGCCUCCGGCCACACAGGUGGUGCUCAUCAGUGCCACGCUGCCCCACGAGAUCCUGGAGAUGACCAACAAGUUCAUGACCGACCCCAUCCGCAUCUUGGUGAAACGUGAUGAACUGACCCUGGAAGGCAUCAAGCAGUUCUUCGUGGCUGUGGAACGGGAAGAGUGGAAGUUCGACACCCUGUGUGACCUGUACGACACGCUGACCAUCACGCAGGCGGUCAUCUUCUGCAACACCAAGAGGAAGGUUGACUGGUUGACGGAGAAGAUGCGAGAAGCCAACUUCACUGUCUCCUCGAUGCAUGGCGACAUGCCCCAGAAGGAGCGAGAGUCCAUUAUGAAGGAGUUCAGAUCCGGCGCCAGGUCAGUCCCGGGCUUAGGAGACCCCUUGACUGCUGGGGUUCCUGUAAGCUACAGCACAACUGAGCUGGUCCCUCUCAUGGGUCCCAGAAUUGGGCGUUCUGGGCGAUAUGGCCGGAAGGGUGUGGCCAUCAACUUCGUGAAGAACGACGACAUCCGCAUCCUCCGAGACAUCGAGCAGUACUACUCCACCCAGAUCGACGAGAUGCCCAUGAACGUUGCGGAUCUGAUCUGA